AUGGCGACAAACCAGACGUGGCUGGUCGCUACCAUCAGGUACUCGUCCACCCCUGCUCCAACGGACGAGGUCUACGGAAUCAGGCCAUUUUCGUUCAGCUGUGCUGCUCUGCUAUUUCAACUAACCGACCUCGGUUCUUUGCCCGCCGCCUUCAGCCAUUUUGCCUCGUCCUAUCCAUCAAAGCAGCUCUUUGCUGUCUCGCGAGACUCUGCCGCCCUUGAAGCCGCAGACAUCUGCCGCCCUGGAGCGGACGUACGACAUCAGCCCUCACACGUCUCACACUCCAGCGAUUCCCAAUGCACCGAGCUCCCAGGCCAACAUAUCGUCUUAUCAGCCUCAACAGCAGCAGCACCGCGAGUCUUGCCACCGGUGGGCUGGUAUUCUCACUCGGUCCAGGCGUACAGAGCUUCGUUCAUGCGGCUCCAACCCACAAUGGCUUCCUCUUCCCGAUGGCUCACCGCGCCUGGCCCCACGUCUGGACAUGGUCUUCCUGCCAUGCGUCCCGUCGCUGUCGAUAGUAUCACGCCCCAGCCCGAUGAGAACUCUUCUGAUGGACGUGGCGGUGUUGUAUCCAAUGGCAUUGAUGAGGCCGAACGACCUACACACGCCGUCGGCUCCCAGGGUCGCUGGAGCCUCCUUUGCAGCGCUUCUCGCUGCGCUGCUGUCAAUACCUCUCGCACCUACAAUGCCAAAAGCAUAUUCGACCUGAUCAAGAAUGUCGGCGGCAAGUUUCCCUGCCCUCACUGUAACAAGGUCUACAAGCGAAAGAGCAACUUGAAGCUCCACCUCUUGCGCCCCCUUAGUCAGAAUCACGGUCUGAACCACAGUAAUGGUCCGGAUAUCAUGCCUGCGGAUGGCACGGUUCAGUCUGAUGGUAUGAUGCCCGUGCCGGACAGGUCGAGCAAUCAUACACACCACCGACGUCAGUCCUCGCCUUCCCUCCGCCCAGAUAAGCUUGAUGAUGGCGGUCAUCAUGACGGACGACAUUCGACAGACUCUGCCAUUGAUACUUCUGGCCAAGUUUGCAAGAUGCAGAAGUACGACAUGCCUCCGGUCCAAUAUGAGAUGGUAUCCAAAGACGGGCCCGAUGUCGACCAACAAUCAGGCCUCGAUGAGAUUCAAUUUUGUCACACUAGUGUGCAGCAAGCCCAUGAAACCCGCAUCCAACUUCCUCCUGUUGGAGCAACUGCAGACAAGGAAAACAUUUCCGGCGACGGUGAAGGCUUUGAGGAAACCUUUGGUACACAUGAACAAAUGCACAAGGAGAGGCAGCGUUAG